AUGUGUGGCAACCCUGGCACAGGAACGCUGUGGCGGGAUCUGGGCUUUGUUGCCCAGAGAUAUGUGGUGAAGGAUGAAUUUCAUCCCUUCAUUGAGGCCCUCCUCCCCCAUGUCCGUGCCUUCUCCUACACCUGGUUCAACCUGCAGGCCCGCAAGCGCAAGUACUUCAAGAAGCACGAAAAGAGGAUGACUAAAGACGAGGAGCGCGCGGUGAAGGACGAGCUGCUGGGGGAGAAGCCAGAGAUCAAGCAGAAGUGGGCCUCGCGCCUGCUGGCCAAGCUGCGCAAGGACAUCCGGCCAGAGUUCCGCGAGGACUUUGUGCUCACCAUCACGGGGAAGAAGCCCCCCUGCUGCGUGCUGUCCAACCCCGACCAGAAGGGCAAGAUCCGCCGCAUCGACUGCCUCCGCCAGGCCGACAAGGUGUGGAGGCUGGACCUGGUCAUGGUCAUCCUGUUUAAGGGCAGCCCCCUGGAGAGCACGGACGGCGAGCGGCUGGUCAAGUCGCCCCAGUGCUCCAACCACGGUCUCUGCGUCCAGCCGCACCACAUCGGGGUGACGGUCAAGGAGCUGGAUCUCUACCUUGCCUACUUCGUCCACACACCAGGUACGUGGCACCCGCGCACCGCUCAGGGAGCCGCUCGCGCACCAGACCUGCUCUGUGUAGCCCUGCCAAGCUUUUACAAAGCCAGUCGGGGCCCAGAUAAGGACCGUGCCUUGGCAUUUAAAGGGGACAGCCCCCCCUCCAACCCCCUAACACCCCAUCCCAGACCACAAAGAAAAAAAAAAAAAAAAAAAGAGUUUGCCAUAGAUGUUUCUAUCAGGUUUGAAGAGAUUCCCAGAAUUUGA